CCGGCGCCAGUUUAGUCACACGGCUGCCAAAAACGAGCCCACCGGUUCCCCAGGCUUGUGACAAAAUCGUUGCUUGCAUCUUUAUCUUUUGUGCGCGUUCGCGCAUUUCCUCGAGGCGCGCACAGGAUGGAAGUGCGCGCGCGCUUGGCACGGAGCCGCGCACUCCAGCCCAUACCCGUAGUAAAGCAAAGCUCCAAACUAGACAUGGCGGCGGAUCCUCAGCCGGACUGGCUCUCCUGCCUUCCCUCUUCUUGGAGUUAUGGGGUGACUCGGGAUGGACGCAUAUUCUUCAUUAACGAAGAAGCAAAGAGUACAACCUGGUUGCAUCCAGUCACAGGAGAAGCUGUCAUCACGGGGCACAGAAAAACCCCAGAUUUACCAACAGGAUGGGAGGAAGGAUAUACAUUUGAGGGAGCUCGCUGCUUCAUCAACCACAAUGAGCGAAAGGUGACCUGUAAGCACCCGGUGUCAGGGUUCCCCUCACAAGACAACUGCAUCUUUGUGGUUAAUGAACAUGUGAAUUGUGGAAAGUUUGUCCACCCUGAGAAACCUGUAGAGGCUGUCACCAGAUCGGCUCCCAAGUCUUCGUCGGAACAGGGAAGCAGCAGUGACAAGAAGGAGCGUCCUAUGAGUACCAUGAGUGAAGCGUCAAACUACACGGGUGGCUCCGAUUACAGCACCUUCACUGGCAGCCCAGCCACCACAGUCACUACUGCCAUUACCACUUCCACCUCAUCUACACGGCCUUCUAGGUCUUCCAGAAAAGUCCACAACUUUGGCAAGAGGUCCAAUUCAAUCAAGAGAAACCCCAAUGCCCCAGUGGUGAAGAGCAGCUGGCUUUACAAACAGGACAGUACAGGCAUGAAGCUGUGGAAGAAGAGGUGGUUCGUUCUGUCUGACAUGUGCCUCUUCUACUACCGUGAUGAAAAAGAGGAUAGCAUCCUAGGAAGCAUCCUGUUGCCCAGUUUUCACAUAUCUAUGUUGUCGGUGGAUGACCACAUCAGCAGGAAAUAUGCCUUCAAGGCCACUCACCCCAACAUGCGGACAUAUUACUUCUGCACUGACGCAGCCAAAGAGAUGGAGUCCUGGAUGAAAGUCAUGACAGAUGCUGCUCUCGUCCACACUGAACCAGUCAGAAGAGCGGACAAGUUGAAAGGGGACCAGCGGAGACCUCAAGAGCUGAACAACCUGCUGAACCACAGAGUCCUCACACGGCCCGAGAUCCAGAACAACGAACGCAAUCGAGAACCAGCGUGUCAACAUUCACUGUCGCAGGUCGACGACAAAUGGCAAAAAGAUGUUGUGAAACACAAUGACCAGAGGGAGCAAGAGUACUACACCUUACAGAGGGAGGGAGAAAGGUACUCUCUGAAGAAAGAGGGCGUGAGCUACAUGCUGCAGAAGGAUGGAGACCGGUAUCUCCUGCACAAGGAUGGAGAGAAGUACCUCCUGAGAAAGAAUGGGGAGAAAUACUCGCUGCAGAAAGAUGAAAAAGUGUACACCAUUCACAGAGAUCUGGAGAAGUGCGGCGUUCGUAAGACGGACGAUAAGCACGGGGUGACACCGGCAGAGGAAAAAUAUGCACCCUCCAAAGAUGGGGAGAAGUGUCUGCUCGCGAAAGACGGAGAAAAAUACGCGCUGCAGAAAGUAGGCGAUCGACACACACUCCAGAAAGAUGGAAAAAAGUGCCUCUCUCAAAAGGAGGUCAAGAGACAGCUGUCAUUAAAGGAAACUGAAAGGUUCAGCACAAUGAGGGAGAAGGAUAAUAAAUAUGGCACUAUACAAGUUAUGGACAAAUACAGCACUAUGAAAGAAAUUAAGAGAUACAGCUCGUUUCGAGAGGGGGAUAAAUACGCGACUCUGAGGGACGCAGAGAAAUAUGCUACGGUUUGUGAUGGGGAUAAAUACGGCUUUCAGAGAGAUCCGAGCACCGACAGGGCUCUGACUAAAAUCAACAGCAUCAAGCUACAACCAGCCCAAGCUGCCGCCAUCGCAGCUGCAGUGUCUGCGUCUCGUCAAAACCAGGCCAACAUCAGCGCCCAGAAACCUGCACAGGUCAGUGGCUCAGGGUGUGGAACAGGGGAGCAGCAAAGGGACUGCAGCCCCACAGAGGUGGAUGGCAACCUGGUCAGGGUUCCCGUAAAGUCUCCAGCUCCAGUCCAGGAGCCAGAAAAGGGUUUGUCCAGGACCAACUCCAUUCAGCAGCUGGAGCACUGGGUCCAUCCGCAAAGGAGAGGACUGGACAAUAACUCAAAGAGUGUUACAUCGUACCAGACUUUACCAAGAAACAUGCCCAGCCACCGUACUCAGAUUGUACCCCGCUACCCUCAGGGGUACCGCACGCUGCCCCGCAACAGCAUGAUGAGGCCUGAAAGCAUUUGCAGUGUGGCAGGCUCGGUAUAUGACCGGGCCCUCCAUCCAGCCUCCACGUCUGCUGUUAGCACAACAGAGAAGAGAAAAUCAAUGAGGGAUGACACAAUGUGGCAGCUCUAUGAGUGGCAGCAAAGGCAGGCCUUCUCCAGGCAAAGUCUGGCUCAGCCACCAGGUGUGGGUCAUUAUGGCACACUGCCCAGCAUUAAGACCAUGGGCAACAUCUCCCAACAUGCCAUGGCACACUCCAUUCCCACUUCCCCAUCUCAUGGCUCUCUGGCUCUGUACAGCACAUUCUCCCCUUCUCGUCAGCAGGUUGCUCAAAAUCAUAGUAGCUCCCACUCUGAGGUUUCUUCGCCCAUAUUGAGGGGGGAUGUGACUCUUGACCGCCGGCACAGGACACACCUUGCGAAGUACGGAUACACACCUGAUCGACGAUCCAUUGCAGUUGGCAUCCCAUCUCAGACUAUCACUCCACAGUCUCUGCAAGGCAAGACGCCGGAGGAGCUGACACUGCUGCUCAUCAAGCUUCGCCGGCAGCAGGCGGAGCUCAACAGCCUGCGGGAACACACAGUAGCUCAGCUAAUGGCCGUUGGUAUGGAAGGGCACAACGCAAAGACUGAUGUUCUCUUCCAUCAUCUCCAGAGGAACCUUAUAUACCUGGAAAGUCAGACGAAGGAGAAUGAGCCUCUAAUCUUCAUGAUUCACACUAUGAUUGAGAACUCUGCACCAAGGCCACAACUCUACCAGCAAACGAGUUCAGAUGACUACAAAGACAGCUCCUUCAUCCAGCGCCCAGAGGAGGCUGACAUAGAUACCAAGCUGAGCAGACUGUGUGAGCAGGACAAAGCAGUGAGGAUGCAGGAGGAGAAACUGCAGCAGCUACACAGAGAGAAGCACACUCUGGAGACAGCGCUGCUGUCUGCCAGUCAGGAGCUGAGUGAACAGAGUGACUCAAAUGCUGCAGCCACACAGAGCCUGGUCCAACAGAGAGACGUGCUGCAAAAUGGCCUGCUCAGCACCUGCAGGGAGCUGUCCCGAGUCAGCACUGAGCUAGAGUGCUCCUGGAGGGAGUACGACCUACUGGAAGCAGAUGUUACUCUGGCCAAAUCCAACCUACUGGAACAGCUGGAGGCCCUGGGCAGCCCACAGACAGAGCCUCCAAGUCAGCGGCACAUUCAGAUCCAGAAAGAGCUGUGGAGGAUCCAGGAUGUGAUGGAGGCGCUGUCCAAGAACAAACCCCAGCGGAGCACAAAUAGAAUAGGUUUUCUUGGUUCAAAGCCGCUCUCCAUUCAGCAGAAGAAUGAGCAAGCUCCAGAUUACCGGCUAUAUAAGAGCGAGCCCGAGCUGACCACGGUGAACGAGGAAGUGGACGAGGCCAAUGGUGAAGAGAAGGACAAGGCUGAGACUGAAAGUAAAGACAGCGCAUCAUCCAAAGUGUCCCCGUACCGAGUGGGUGUCAUCCCCCCCAGGACCAAAUCCCCAAUGAGCCCUGCCGAGUCCUCCACUAUUGCCUCCUACGUUACCCUGAGGAAGACCAAGAAACCUGAAUCCAGAUCUGAUCGUCCCAAAAGUGCAGUGGCUCAAAUAGGAUUUGGGGAGAGAGAGGUGGGCAGAACAAAGAUGAGUGUAGAGGAGCAGCUGGAGCGACUAAGAAGAAAUCAGGAGGCCUUGACGCUCCGUGAGAAAAAGAAAGAAACCCCAACACGGUCACCGUCCUUCAGCAAAGACAAUCCAUUUCUUAUUCUGCAGAGUCAUAUCCCAGCAGGGAUUGGAGCCGGUGCAGACCCUUUGGAGCUGGAGGCUGCACUGCAGCAGCUGAAGGUGGAGCACAAGGAGCAGAGCAGAGCUUCUGUUGACGCUGCAGGAAACUGCACAGAAAGAACGCUGACUGUUGCAAAGGAGAUGGACACAGCAGAGGAGGUGAAAAAUGGCAAAUGUGAGGAAGUAAAGCAAGACGGGAACACGGGCCUGAAGAGUGUGGAAGAGCCACAGGUUACGAUGGGCAGAUUAGAACAUGAGCUGUGUGAGAGUCAAAAGGUGGUGAUCCUGGACUUGGGCACGAAGCCUCAGCGGGUGGAGAUUGUGAACCUUGAGCCCUUUGAGGAUGAUGAAAGCCAAGAGCAAGAUCUGACCAGCUCACCUACAAAUGCCACCACUGAAAACAGCUUCCAGAUUGUUGAGCCUGAGACUCCAAGCCCUGAGCCCGAGGUCGAAGAGAUGACACAACCGUCGAGGGGAGAUAAGAACCUCGGGAAGAGCUUGGAUUCAUACAACCAGCUGACAGCAGACAACAAAAAACACAACAGUAUUUUGGCAUCACAGACGUUCACUUCGGUGAGCAGUGACACGUGAGCAAUGGCGGCCUGGACAUCCUCACUGGCGUCCCAUUGAGCUCGAAUGUAGCCAGCCUGCACAGAGCAUGCUCCAUGGCUUCCUGCAUUUACAACAAAAUCUGUUGGCACUAGUGUUACGUGCCAAUACAGAGAUGGAGACUGAGAGGAUGAUGAUUCAGACUGACCGACACCUAGACGACCAGCCAUCAUAUUCAAAGAGGCAGAUAUUCUGUAUCUUUAGCGCUCAUUUGAUCUGCCAGCACAUACUCUGUCCUUAAGCAAAACACAUUCUGUGGAGAUGUCAGCAUAUUCUAGGACUGUAAAAUGGUUUAGUUUAAAAAUGAUGUGGUUUAACUACAAAAUGCCUGAAUAAGCCCAGAAAUUGAUCACUGUAGUGUUACAAUAAAGCUUUGUUCAGCGUUCGAACAGCUGUGAUAAUAUGAUUAAAAGCAAAAUGCAAUUCCAACUCCAAAGUUAAAGUACAAGUUAUUAAAUGUUUAAAGAUUAACUUUGAUUGAAUUCAGUUUUAUUUACAUUCCACCAAAUCACAACAGUCACCUCAUGUACUGUAUAUAGGAAAGUAAGGACCGUAUAAUAAUAAAAGAGAGACAACCACAAAAAUCAAGUGAGCCCCUUUGAGCAAGCACUUGGCGACAGCGGAAAGGAAAAACUCCCCUUUAACAGGAACAAACUUCCAGCAGAACCAGUAUCAGGGAGUUACAGCCAUUUGCCUCGACUGGUUGGUGAUGGGAGGAAGACGGGAUAAAGAGAGCCAGAGAUAAUAAUUAUUACUAAGGAUUAAAUGCAGAGAGGUGUAUAAACACAGAGUGAAGAAAAAAACCUUCACUCUCUACACUUUUCAGAAAGUUUAAGGAGUGUUAAAAUACAGGAGCAAACCUGGUCUCAGUUGUUAAUAAUGUUUCCCGCAUCAAAUUCAGUAUAUUGAAUAAGGCUUUAACCUCCUAAGACCCAAACUCUUCCACGGCAUGCAUUUUUAAUUUCUCUUUGAUAUUUGGUCACAUUGGGAUCCGAUGAAUGUAAAAAUAAAGAAUUGCCAGAUUUUUUUUUUUUUUUACCUGAUUUUUGUUUCUAAGAAAAAUUAGAUCCACAUAUGAGGAUAUUCGUUUAUAAUUUCAAUAGAACAGUAGCAGUAUAAUGUCCUCGCAAGUGGAUAUCAGGCCCUUGUAAAGCAAAAUUGAAUAUUUUGGUCUAAAUGACCCAAAAUGUGAUGUCCACAUAUGUGGACGCCAGGUCCUAGGAGGUUAAAUAAUCAAACAAGUCAAAUUACAUUUUACACAGUGUCCCUGCUUUUUUGGGAAUGUGUUGUAAACAGGGAGGAGUUAACCAGCAACCAGGUGACCAAACUUUAGUAUCCUGCGGUUAUCAUAGCUAAUACCUCAAUAGCAAACAAGAUGAAAGGGAAAGGUUUCCUCUUUAAGGGCCUUUUCCAGGCAGGAUGUAGCCACUGCUCUGGUGUAGAUACUUCUGAGUAGCCCUGAAACACAGAGUGGAGCCUGAUGCUGACUGGAAAGGAUUUAGACCUCACAGGAGACGGAUAGUGUCCAGUCACUGCAGGAUGGUGUCUAUGCUGUUUUAUGGACCAUGUAAUUUAGUUAGCUUCAUAAAAUUUGGAUGGUUUACUGAUAAUGGCUUUGUAAUCUGUGGCACAUAAGCAAUCCAAAGCAUUUCCAUGAUCCAAAGGCCCACAUAUAGCAGAGUAACAAAACCGUUCAUCUUGUAAAUGGAAAUUAUGAUAUGUGGCUCCUUCCUAACCUCAGGACAAAUGGCCAGUCCUAACGUAAAGUGUUUGUAAAUGUCUUUGGAAAUAGCUGCAUAAAUCCCUCUAAUCUAGACUCAGACAGAUGUGGUGUAAGGGGGUGAUGGAGAAACCAGUGGACUGUUCUGUUUAGUCUGAGGUUGGCACUAACCUGAUGACCCAAGUGAAGGUUUUCAAGUAUCUGAAGGGUGUACUCCUGAGUGAGGGGAAACUAAGCUGACAGGCAGAUUGGACUGGACAUUCAGUUGAAGGGUUAAGCCUUUAAUUUAGUCAUGAGUUUUGACAUCAAGCCCAUCCAUAUAUAUAAAUAGUUUAUUUGGCUGAGUUCAGGUGACGUGAUAUUUUGCAGUUGCUCACUGUAUUGUGCCUUUUCGUGUUCAUUCGUGUUUCGGAGCGAGAGGCAGUGGAACAUUUGACCCCAUUUACCAACCCGGUGAUGUUCAAAUCUUCGCCUAUGCCUCAACCUUCUGAAACAUAAACUCAGAUUAUUCACUUUAACCAUUUUUUAAAGAUUAUACCACUUAUCUGGUAAAGGUGAAAAGAAAAAAAUCUGAAAACCUAAUCUUUUCCUCCCAUUUGUUAUGCUACAGCCAUGUGCUGCCACUAAGGGAGCGUGUUGUUUUUCUCCAAAACACCAUGUAGGAAUAUUUCUGGGCAGGCAAGAAUCCGAGCUAAACCAUUGUACAGUCUCAGUUUUAUGUGUGACUUGUUUUGGAUAUAAUGUAGCCUCAUAAAACUGUGUUGCCAAAUACAUACACAUGUACAGAGCUUUUGAUACCUUACUAAGUGCUAAAGUCAUCCUAACAUAACUAUUAAAAUAACAGUUAUCUAUAGUUCUGGUGGAUGGGAUAUUAGCUGUCCUGAGUUGCUAGAGAUGAGUGUACAGCUGUAUAUAUGAGCAUCUGAGAAGCCUCAUCACAGAUGGCACGGCACCAAACGACACAGACGCAGUACUUUACUUUAACCCCAAGUGGCCGCUAAUCUUUAACCUGCUUGGAUCUGGAUCCUUUGGUUGAUUUCAAACUGAAGGGAUCCCAUUUCACAUCUUUUACACCUGCAAAAUAACAGAUUUGCCUUCAUUUUAAUAUAAGUAUAUCCAUAUAUGCAUAUAAAGCUGUUUUUUUUAUUUUUUAUUUCAACAAGGUGCCACAUCAUGCUGCUGUUUUUUUUCUUUUUUUUACAGAUUAAAGUAUGAAUUUAGGAUUAUUUAUGUUGAGCAGAUGGUUUGAAUACCCUGACGUGCUUGCAAAGCCACACAUAAUAUGCGAAUGAGUUGAAUUUGAAGUCUGCUUUCUCACUUUGUGUCUCUCUUUGUUUUUCCUCACUUUGGUUUGUAUCAGUUAGUAAAUACGCAUAAAAAGGAUCCUUAGUUCGACUCUGUCCUAGGUGGUGGAAACUCAGAAAAUGGCACAUGUACAAAGCAAUAAAUAGGUCUUUGAAGCCCCAGGACAUUAAAAAAAUUAAGAGAUAAAUAAACUGUAAAAAAAAAUUAAGACAAGAUAGAAAAAUGUAUGUACACAGUGAAAAAAGAAGAGUGAAUAUUAUAACUAUAAGAAAUUAUUAUUAAUAUUAGAGUCAAUAUGCAAAACAUAUCUCAUCUGUUUUAUAUCAUGUGAAAUAAAUGUUGAUGUUCUUAAAA